AUGCAAGAAAGGAAAUCCGAGAUAGUCCUUCUAACGGUAAUUGUUAUUCCGAAAACUUGCUCUCCGCAUGAAAAGCGGAGACUCCUGUUUAUGUACGUAAAACGCAGAGUCAGAAUUGUGUUCACAACUCAAGAAAGGGCUAAUAAACUCUUGGAUAUGAUGAAGUGCAUAAAGAUAAAGGAGACGGGGUUCAAAACUACCUUGAGAGUUUCAGGAAAAAAGUCUAGAGGAAAGCUGGAAUUGUAUGCACUGCAAAGAUGGGAGCUGGAGAGCGGUGACGAUAAGGUUAUCAGCGUUGCGCCAUUUAGCCCCGCACGUGAGCCGCCUUUCUCCACUGCCAUGGCUUCGGGGAUUAAUGUACCUGCUAUAGUGGGGCAUAAAACGUCUGAGAUAUUGUUUCUCGGUUCGUGUGACGCCUGCUAUUGGUAUGGAAAAAUUCUGGAAGAAUAUUGGAAGUUUAGGACAGAAGUGAAGGCUAACAUUGUCUCUGAAAUCCCCAAAAGUACCUUUUGUUUGUCUAUCCAAUGUAUCGGCGGUGCAUCGGCGAUGUUCCCCUCACGCCAGAUGGUGCCAGCGCUCCGAAUUAAACUCUUGAGUCUAUGA